AUGAUCAGAGACGCCGACUUCCGGUCCGAUGAUUUCGCCUCCGAUUCAAAGUCAUCUCCAACAUCUCCCCAGCCGCUGGGUCUCACCUCAACCAUGUUGUCGACAUCUAUAUGCCGGGCCGCAUGGGCGCCUCUCACUGGCGCCUCUCGAACCGCCCAGAGCAUUCCCUCCGCCGGCCUCCUCGGCGCAACUCGCCAUCUCCACCAGCGUCGGUAUUCCUCAUCCUCCUCCAAACCACCAGUCCCUCCUAGUGAUGGCUCGCGCCGCUUGGAUACCUCCACUCCUGCAAAGAGUGUGAACUCCUCAAGCGAGAAGAGUAAAUCCACCCGUCGCCGGGGCAAGGAAAGCGGUGCCCGCAGCGGUUCUUCCAAGUCCAGCCAGCAGGAUACUGCGUUUUCCAAGCUUCCCAGUGUUCCCUCGACACAACAUCGCCAACCGCAUGAUGUUCACGUUGCCUCGUUCUUCUCCAUUCACCGCCCCAUCUCCGUGACCACCACGGUCCCCCCACUCUCAACCCCCGAAGCCUUCGAAGCGAUCUUCUCCAAGAGACUCCUAAAGAACGAGCCCGAAGAUGUCAUCUUCACUCUCUCCAACACAGCUCAGUCCCUCGAAAACUCCGCAAAUGGCAUGUCCGAACCCGAAGAGCAGCUCGGCCAGUUACACGGCCGCUUCACCAGCGACGUCAACGGUGAUCUCCAGAUGCUCGACGGCCCCGACGCUCGUAUGUCCGUUGAGGAAUUCACUCGUCGUCUUCGCCCCUUCCACCCUCCCCCACCUCCUGUCCCCAUGGACAUGAACGCUCAACCUGAGACCGAGAUCAUGGAGUCUCAAGAGGCUCAGGAUCAACGGGAAGCCACUUACUCCACUGUCCUGACUAUUCGGGAGUCUCGUACCGCAGACGGCCGUAAGACCUACGAGGCCUCUACUGGUCCCUUCGUCCGUGACGAGAUGGAAGCUCCUGGUCUGCACGAGGAACUUACCAUUGACGCUCCCAGCUCCACCACGGGCAUGACAUAUAUGGAGCGUAUCCGUGACAACAGGACUAUGCAUGCUCUUAGCACUAAGAGACGCCGCAAGGCUAAGAUGAAGAAGCACAAGUUCAAGAAGCUGAUGCGGAGAACACGCACGCUCCGCCGUAAGCUUGAUAAGGCUUAG